AUUCAAACCUGGAGAAGGAGAAACAUGGAGGGGAGAGGAACCGGCCCGGGCCAGGCGGUCUAUGAACGCCUCACAGCUGAGGAAAUGGAUGAGCAGAGGCGGCAGAACGUUGCCUAUCAGUACCUGUGCCGGCUGGAGGAAGCCAAGCGCUGGAUGGAGGCCUGCCUGAAGGAGGAGCUUCCUUCCCCCGUGGAGCUGGAGGAGAACCUCCGGAAUGGAGUGCUGCUGGCCAAACUGGGCCACUGUUUUGCGCCCUCUGUGGUUCCCUUGAAGAAGAUCUAUGAUGUGGAGCAACUGCGGUACCAGGCAGCUGGCUUGCAUUUCCGUCACACAGACAACAUCAAUUUUUGGCUUUCUGCAAUAGCCCACAUCGGUCUGCCUUCGACCUUCUUCCCAGAGACCACAGACAUCUAUGACAAGAAGAACAUGCCCCGAGUGGUCUACUGCAUCCAUGCACUCAGUCUCUUCCUCUUCCGGCUGGGAUUGGCCCCUCAGAUACAAGAUCUAUAUGGGAAAGUGAAAUUCACAGCUGAGGAACUCAGCAACAUGGCUUCUGAACUUGCCAAAUAUGGCCUUCAGCUGCCUGCCUUCAGCAAAAUCGGGGGCAUCCUGGCCAAUGAGCUUUCGGUGGAUGAGGCUGCAGUUCAUGCAGCUAUUCUUGCCAUCAAUGAGGCAGUGGAGCGAGGGGUGGUCGAGGACACCCUGGCUGCCUUGCAGAAUCCCAGUGCUCUGCUGGGGAAUCUUCGAGAACCUCUGGCAGCCAUCUAUCAGGAGCUGCUGGCCCAGGCCAAGAUGGAGAAGGCUGCCAAUGCCAGGAACCGUGAGGAUGGAGAAAGCCAGGACAUCUACGACUGCUGCCUAACUCAGGCUGAGAUCCAGGGAAGCGUCAACCAUGUCAACAUCCAUGGGGCUCUAGAAGUUGUUGAUGAUGCCCUGGAAAGGCAGAGCCCUGAUGCUUUGCUUGAGGCCCUUCAAGACCCUGUCCUGGCCCUGCGAGGAGUGAGGAGAGAUUUUGCGAACUGGUACCUAGAACAGCUGAGCUCAGACAGAGAGCAGAAAGCACAGGAGCUGGGCCUGGUGGAGCUUCUGGAAAAGGAGGAGAUUCAAGCUGGUGUCACUACUGCCAACAUGAAGGGUGAUCAGGAACAAGCCAUGCUCCAGGCUGUGUGGAGGGUCAACAAAGCCAUCCAGAAGGGAGUGGCAGCUGACACUGUGAAGGAACUGAUGUGCCCUGAUGCCCAGCUGCCUCCUGUCUAUGCCUUUGCCUCAGCUAUGUACCAGCAGGAGCUGGCAGUACUCCAGCAGCAGCAGGGGGAGCUUGGCCAGGAGGAACUCUUCGUGGCUGUGGAGAUGCUGUCAGCUGUGGUCCUGAUCAACCAGGCCCUAGAGGCCAGGGAUGCCAGGGGCUUCCGGAGCAGUCUGAUGAACCCUGCCACAGGCCUGGCUGAGGUGGAAGGCGAGAAUGCUCAGCGUUACUUUGAUGCUCUGAUAAAGCUGCGACAGGUACAUGGAGUAGAUGGGGCCUUCUUGAGCUGGAAUGACCUGCAGGCCACUGUGAGCCAGGUCAAUGCCCAGGUCCAGGAAGAGACUGAUCAGGUCCUCGCGGUUAGCCUCAUCAAUGAGGCUCUGAACCAGGACAGCCCUGAGAAGACCCUGUCCGCCCUGCUGCUUCCCUCAGCUGGCCUGGACAAUGUCAGCCUCCCUGUCGCCCCUCGGUACCAUCUCCUCCUCGUGGCAGCCAAAAGGCAGAAGGCCCAGAGGACGAGAGAUCCUGGAGCUGUGCUAUGGCUGGAAGAGAUUCGCCAGGAAGUGGUUAGAGCCAACCAGGACACAAACACAGCUCAGAGAAUGGCUCUUGGUGUGGCUGCCAUCAAUCAGGCCAUCAAGGAGGGCAAAGCAGCCCAGACAGAGCGGGUGUUGAGGAACCCCACUGUGGCCCUCCGAGGGGUGGUUCCUGACUAUGCCGACAGCUACCAGCGAGUCCUGGAAGGUGCCAUGGCAAAGAAGAGGCGCCCAGGGGACACAGCUUUCUGGGUUCAACAUGACAUGAAGGAUGGCACCGCCUACUACUUCCAUCUACAGACCUUCCAGGGGACCUGGGAGCGACCUGUUGGCUGCCACCUCAACACCUCCCACCUGACUCGGGAGGAGAUCCAGUCAGCUGUCACCAAGGUCACUGCUGCCCAUAACCGCCAACAGCUCUGGAAGGCCAACGUCGGCUUUGUCAUCCAGCUCCAGGCCCGCUUCCGCGGCUUCCUAGUGCGGCAGAAGUUUGCUGAGCGUUCGCACUUUCUGAGGACCUGGCUCCCAGCAGUCAUCAAGAUCCAGGCUCUUUGGCGGGGUUACAGACAACGGAAGAUUUACUUGGAACGGUUGCAGUAUUUAAAAGCAAACACAGAUGCCGUAAUCAAGAUUCAGGCUUGGGCCCGGAUGUGGGCAGCUCGGAGGCAAUACCGUAGGCGUCUGGACUACUUCCAGAAGAAUGUUAACGCUGUUGUGAAAAUCCAGGCAUUUUUCCGAGCUAGGAAAGCCCGGGAUGACUACAGGAUGUUAGUCCACACGCCCCAUCCUCCUCUCAGCGUGGUAUGCAGAUUUGUCCACCUCUUGAAUCAAAGCCAGCAGGACUUUUUGGCAGAGGCAGAGCUGCUAAAGCUCCAGGAAGAAGUGGUCAGGAAGAUCCGGUCCAACCAGCACCUAGAGCAGGACCUCAAUCUCAUGGACAUCAAGAUUGGCCUGCUGGUGAAGAACCGGAUCACCCUGCAGGAGGUGGUCUCCCACUGCAAGAAGCUGACCAAGAAGAAUAAGGAACAGCUGUCGGAUCUGAUGGUCCUGGACAAGCAGAAGGGAUUAAAGUCGCUGAGUAAAGAGAAACGGCAGAAACUAGAAGCUUACCAAAACCUCUUCUACCUGCUCCAGACUCAACCCAUCUACCUGGCCAAGCUGAUCUUUCAGAUGCCACAGAACAAAACUACCAAGUUCAUGGAGUCAGUGAUUUUCAGUUUGUAUAACUAUGCUUCCAACCGCCGCGAGGCCUAUCUCCUGCUCCAGCUGUUCAAGACUGCGCUCCAGGAGGAAAUCAAGUCAAAGGUAGAACAGCCCCAGGACAUGGUAACAGGCAACCCAACCGUGGUGAGACUGGUGGUGAGAUUCUACCGUAAUGGGCGUGGACAGAGUGCCCUGAGGGAGAUCCUGGGCAAGGUUAUCCAGGACGUGCUGGAGGAUAAGACGCUAAGCGUCCACACAGACCCUGUUCACAUCUACAAGAGCUGGAUCAACCAGACGGAGGCCCAGACAGGGCAUCGCAGCCACCUCCCCUACAACGUCACCCCAGAGCAGGCUUUGAGCCACCCUGAGGUCCAGAGACGACUGGACAUCUCCCUUCGCAGCCUCCUCACCUUGACUGAUAAAUUCCUUGUAGCCAUCAUCUCAUCUGUGGACCAAAUUCCCUAUGGGAUGCGAUAUGUGGCGAAGGUCCUGAAGAUGACUCUGGCAGAGAAGUUCCCUGAUGCCAUGGAAAACGAAGUCUAUAAGGUGGUAGGGAACCUCCUGUACUACCGAUUCCUGAACCCAGCCGUGGUGGCCCCUGAUGCCUUUGACAUUGUGGCCAUGGCAGCAGGCGGUGCCCUGGCCACCCCCCAGCGCCACACCUUGGGGGCUGUUGCUCAACUCCUGCAGCUUGCCGCAGCUGGCAAGACCUUCUCUGGGGAGAGCCGGCACCUGCAAGUCUUGAAUGACUACCUAGAGGAGACGUACAUCAAGUUCAGGAGGUUCAUCUGCCGAGCCUGCCAGGUACCAGAGCCAGAAGAGCGCUUUGCAAUGGACGAGUAUUCAGACAUGGUGGCUGUGGCUAAACCCGUGGUGUACAUCACUGUGGGGGAACUGGUCAACACACACAGGCUGCUGCUGGAGCACCAGGACUGGAUCGCUCCUGACCACCAUGACCCCCUACAUGAGCUCCUGGAGGACCUCGGGGAGAUGCCCACUAUCCAUGACCUCAUUGGGGGAAAUGUAGCUGCAGAUGGGAGCAUGGAUCUGAGCAAGGUAGAAGUGUCCCUGACACUUACCAACAAGUUUGAAGGGCUAGAGACAGAUGCGGAUGAUACCAAUGCCCGGAGCCUUCUUCUGAGCACCAAGCAGUUGCUGGCUGACAUCAUGCAGUUCCACCCUGGGGACUCCUUCAAGGAGAUGUUGUCCCUCUCGGUGUCCAGCCUACAGGAAGCUGCUCACAAGCGGCUGAUGUGCCAACGCCAGGCCUAUGAGGCACAGAACUCAGAGCCCCUUCGACGACGACGCUCACUGACAGCUGACUCCCUCCUGCCACUGGCAGAGAAGCAAAGGCGCGCCCUGCGGAACCUGCGCCGAUUGGAGAGCCUGGGGUUGGUCAGUGCCAGCGAUGGCUACCAGGGGCUGGUGGACGAACUGGCCAAGGACAUCUGUAACCAGCGCAGGCACCGGCAGCGGCGGAAGGCAGAGCUGGUGAAGCUUCAGGCCACACUCCAAGGCCUGAGCACUAAGACCACCUUCUAUGAGGAACAGGGCGACUACUACAGCCAGUACAUCCGGGCUUGCCUAGAUCACCUGGGCCCUGGCUCCAAGAGUUCUGGAAAAGGGAAGAAGCAGCGAUCUCUUCAUUACACUGCAGCCCAGCUCCUGGAAAAGGGUGUCUUGAUGGAAAUUGAAGAUCUUCCCACCUCUCACUUCAGAAAUGUGAUCUUUGACAUCACUCUUGGAGAUGAGGCGGGAAAGUUCGAAGUAAAUGCCAAGUUCCUGGGUGUGGACAUGGAGCGAUUUCAGCUUCACUAUCAGGACCUCCUGCAGCUCCAAUACGAGGGUGUGGCUGUCAUGAAGCUCUUCAAUAAGGCCAAGGUCAAUGUCAACCUUCUCAUCUUCCUCCUCAACAAGAAAUUCUUGCGGAAGUGACGGAGGCAGUGGGUGCCACCCAAGCCCUUAUCUCGCUGGAUGCUUUUCUUAACACUAUUUGCUUCCCUGCAGACACCCAGAGCUCAGGACUGGGCAAGGCUCAAGGAGCCUUCACCCUUUCCCUAGCUGGAAGGAGUUUAUUUGUCUACUUGACCACAAGCAGGGUCUCUAAUUGGCUAAUGUCAGCCUUGCCCCAGAGUCUGGCUGUGCGACUUUUAAGUCCCAGAACCCCAUGGUUUUCCAGCUAGAUGGUAGGGCAUGAACCUAGGUGGGGUAGAACCCUGCCCUUUGGCCUGGGAAGGCAACUGCACUUGUGUCUGCUGCUGCCCUCCCAUGGUCACCCCAAUAUUAUAUGCACUGCACUUGCAGCCUUAUCUCCCUCUCCCUUCCCUGCAAACCCUAAGGCCAGGGCCAGGCUCCCUGUCCCUACUCCCACUUCAUCAGCAGUGGGUGUUCCUGCCCUGCUGAAGCCCAGGCCAUUCUGCUGCUACGACGCCUCACACCCUCCAGCCCCUCACCCUCACACCCAGGGGAGGCAGAUAGUACCCUCUAAUGUCCGUGUGGGGUUGUGGCACUGUUAUCCCCCAUAGUGGCAUAGGCAAGCUGACCCUCCCUUAACCACAAAUCCCAUUCCUUUGUUGAUGGUCUGUUUUAUAUGUGGAUCACUAGGAUAUUUAUUCUCUCCCCCAGCCUUACACUUUGGAUCAUGGUUUUAAUUCUUUAAUCUUUUUGAACUUAGAAAGAGAGUUCUCAUUUCCCUUAUUCAAACUAAUAUUUAUGCUAAUCUUUUAUACCUUGUAUUUAAAGUCACCUUAGAUCACUCCAAUAAAUUCAAUUAAAAAAAUAAAGACUUAGGAUGAAAACCUGAAAAAAUAAAGUCACCUUAGGUGAAGGGCAGUAAGAUUCCCACUCACGUUUAAGACCCCGUUUCAGCUUCAGAUGGUACAGAGAGUGGCCUUUCCCUUUUCUCUUUCACCCUCAGGACUUGUACCUUAGAGCUGACUCUUCCAAGGCAGUUUUGAUAGAUCUGCAGUCUUGUCUCUGCCUCUGUCUCUCUUGACCCCACAUAUACCAACUUCCUGUCCCUGUUGCCCUUCUUGUUUAAUUUUAAUAAAAGCAGCUGUUACCUCACAUCAGU